AUGAUUAUAACCUUCAUAGUACUUCCACUUCUGCCAGUGUUAGUGACAUGUUCCGGGGAAGGCAACAUACGCCUGCUGGAGGCAGAAGUAGCUACAGCCCUGAAGACCUGCACUUUGACUAAUGAUGACUUAAAAGAUAAUAAUGUGAAUCAAAGACAACGACGUUCCGAAAACUACAGUCGCAUAGACUUAAACGACACCACCAUAGCACUAAACCAGUACGCAGAUGAAAAACGUAACAGCUCCGACAUGAAGGAACAAAUGUACAUACUCAAUGCCACUGAAAACUAUAAAGGCAGCUACAAUGAUUAUAACAAUGGAGAGAAGUAUGUGUCCUCCAUACCGAGACCAGCUGCAGGAGGAGUGUAUAACAAGACACAUGAUAACGCAAACAGGACGAGACGUAAUGAACCUCUUUUAAAUAAACAAGAUACUGAUCAGGUAGAUUCGAGGGGGAUACCUCGUGAGGCCGAAUUCUGGAACAAAGUGCAGUCGUCGGUGUCGUCACAGCAAUCCAGGGCCGCCUUACGAGAUCAAACAAGGGCAUGUUUUCAGGAAUUACAAGCAGGUCAUAGGCAAAGAGGUAUGUCGCAGAAGGAAGAAGCAAAAAAGGCACGCGUGAAGGGGAGACGCACAGGCGCCCUAAAAGAGGCUGAAGACAACGAAUGCUCCUACUCGAAUAAAUUAGAACGUUGCCUGAUGCUACGUUUUGCGGAUCGUAAAAUAAAUGGCACUCAACAAGUAAACAAUCGAAAAACAUAA